GCUCCUGCUGUCAGUCUCCCUGUCGUCCGCGCCCGUGACGGUCGUGUGUGCGCGCGCGCAGCCACCGAAACGCUGACACGUGCGUCGUACGCGUGUUUUUCUUUCUCGCGGGAGAGACGAGUCGACCUUGAAAAAGUACACCGGUGACGGCGAGCGAGAGAGAGAAAGAGAGAGAGACGCGACCGAGUGUACAGUGGCUUAUGUAAUCGCGGCCGGAGGCAGAAGCGCGAGGAGGAGACGAGGAAAAGCCAAGAGAGAGAAAGAAGGCGCGAGAUUUCGAGAAGAAUCUCGCGAGAGAGAGCUUUUUCUCGACCUUCCAGUCGCGCUUUCGAGAAUCGCGCGGGCAUACGGUAAGAGUUGCGAAAUAUAUAUCCCGAUAUCCGGAGAAAAAGAGAGGAAAGAGAAAGAAUUAGCUGUUGUAUAGUAAGAGAGAGAUAGAGAUAGAGAGAGAGAGAGAGAAUUCGUGUCACGUAUCCAAAAGCGGACGCGGGCUCGAAAAACAGGUCCAGAAAAUGGACUCGCCUGUCAUCGUGGACGCAGCAUCCAAAUUCGGACGGGAGAUCGAUCUGGACCGCUCGUUCCCCGGUUUUCCGUUCGACGACGAGACCGACGUGUUCGAACGUCGACGAGGCGACGGCAUCCGCGCGCACCUGGACGAUCUCGCGGCGCGACAUCCCGAGCUCGCCGAGCAUCUACGCGGCCCGCCCUGGCCGUUUGGCGGCUCCCUGCUGCGCGAUCGUCGCCAUCGGCGUCGCGACUCUGGUGGUAGCGCUAACGACGGACAACAACAUCAACAAUCGGGUCAGCAGCAUCAAGUGGACGAGGACGCGCGUAGCCAAGCGAGCGGUAGCAGCGCCGCGAGCGGCGCGAGCGCCGUUAGCUCGCACAGCGGCGGCGAGCCAGACCUGACGUCGUCGUCCGCGAUACCGCAAUACGGUCUGCGCAACACCGUGGACAUAGGCCAGCAGCAGCGGCGCCGCAACAUGGAGACGAGUCCGGAGAAGAGCGAGCGCGGUCAGCGCUCGAUGUCGGCACCACCGGAGAAUCGCCAACAGCAGCAGCAACAGCAACAACACGGCCAAGGUCAGCAGCAACAGUCGGUACCCGGCCAAGGACAGAGAUUCGUGUCCCGAGUGGACAUCACACCGCAGCACAAUCAACAACAGCGCGCCCAAUCGCCCGGCAAACCAUCUAGCAACGUCCGGCACAUCCCCAUUUUCGUGGAGGGUCGUGACGAACCUGUAAUGUCGAAGCUCACCGACGAUACGUCGCCGCCCGCGUUCCAUCAUCAGCAGCGGCAACCGUCGCCGCCGCACUUUCACAGACCGUCGCACUUUAAUGAACACUUUGGCAGACAACAGUGGCCACCGUCGCAUUUUCAAAACGCAUUCUACGAGCCGAGUUUUGAACAACCGCAGAUGCGACGGCAUCAGCAGCAAUAUCAGCAACCUCAGCAGUACCAGCAGCAACCGCAGCAUCAUCAACAGCAGCCGCAGUAUCAGCAGCAGCAACCGCAGCAGCAUCAGCAGCCUCAGUAUCAUCAACAGCAGCAGCAAGCUCAACAGCCACAGUAUCAGCAGCAGCAACAACAACAACAACAACAACAGCAACAGCAGCAGCAAGAAAUACCGAAGCCUAAGCCGCCGCCGGCCCCAAAGGAUCCUUUGGAGAAAGUCGCUCAGGUACAGAAAGAAGUAGAUAAUCUGGCAGAGCAGGUGCGACGUUACGUCGGUGGCUCUCGACAAGACAAGGAGUACAUUUAUUUGGACGAGAUGCUGACGCGUGAACUACUCAAGCUGGACGACAUCGAGACGGAAGGUCGGGAGAAUGUGCGGCAGGCGCGUAAGAAUGCUAUCAAGACCAUACAGGAUACCAUCAGCUUACUGGAAACGAAGGCACCACUCACCGGCCAACAGCAACCUGUUUUGCGAGAGGAAGAAGAAUGUCCCGAACAAAAGGACCAGCAGGAAGAAAAGGUCUCGCAAGUCCCUGAGCUUAUGGAUGUGGAUGUGAAGCAGGAGAAGCAGGCCAACGAACCGAUACCACUUCCGCCAGCGCCGUCAUCACCGACGAAGACGAAAGAGUCUUCGGAAAAUGAAAAUGCGGCAACAGCUGUCGAAUCCACGAAUCAGAAUGUCGCUCCCGCCGUUCAACAGGAUAUCAAGAUCAAUGAGAAAAAUGAGCAGAAAGUAGAAAAUCGUACAGCAGAAAAUAUAGAACAGGUUAAUGCACCGAUGGAACACGAGAAGGAAACGAGCAACGAAAAAGAUGGUGAUGCGACACAAAACAAGGAUACGACACCGAAACAGCAGACGGAGGAAACGAAGAAGGAAAAGAUGGAAUCGCCGGAGGUGCAAAAGAAGGCGAAAAAGACGAAGAAGAAGGAGCAGCAGCAGCAGCAGCAACAACCAGUGUCCGAGCAAGCAAUUCCGCUGCCACCGCCCUCGACGGAGGACACGAAGAAAUAGAGAGUGUGGGGAUAAGACUCGACGAGAAAAAGUUGUAAAAAUGAAAAUGAAGAUUGUUGAUGAAGUAGAGAAUUUCGUGCGUUCUUAAGGGACGACGGAAGAAUUUCGAAAGACAUCGAAUAAUCGCACCAUAAAGUGACUCGACAAUUACGUAAAGGCGUUGAACGCUAAGCGCGGCAGCUAUAUCUUUUCUUUUUUUCUUCUAAUUUUUUUUCCAAUGCCAACUAGGAUCAAACUAGUCGUGUGCGAGCCGUGCAAUGAACGAAUCUUGCGAGACGCUCGUCAUUGCCUUAGGAUUGAGGCCUUCUCUCUUUUAUAAAACGGAAUAAACGCGAGCAAACGGUACCGUAAGUUUGCGCGAAUAGUCGGCUUUCUUGCGGAAACGGUCUUCUCGAGACAACGCAGUGUUCUAAAAAUUAGACUGCGUCUGUAUUCCGUCUGUAUUUUUUCAAACAAGCAUCUAUAUAGAAGGAGAAAUCCCCGCAUAGAUAUGCACAAGCGAAUCUUUCUCUUCCGUCGAAAUGACAGUCUUUGUCGUUUUUCUAACUUAUUUAUCGUUUACGGACUGAUGAUGAACGAUUACGAGACGACGGGUCUGAUUUAUAUGAGAUGAACUCGAAAUCGCGCGCCAAAGUCGCAUAGUCGUUAGUCUCUCGUAUAGACUAAAAGAAACAAUCAAAAUCCCAGAGCACGUGACUUCGGAGACAUCUUAUAUAUAGAAAGAAAAAUGCGCGAGUAGUUUACUACUAAAUAGAGAAGCGCGCUAUAUACUCAUUCGUCGAGCAGACCAGAUUACAUCGUAGACAUUUAUUUAAAGUAAUUUACGUGCAAAACUCGCAAUCCUACAUAAAUAAGAUAUGUACAAUAUUUGCGAAUUUUUUAGAGCGUAAAAGAGAAUAGUAUUUUAAAUAAAAUAACACAUGUUCGAUAUGAAAAAAAAUUUUGACUUCCAUCCUGCAUAUUUUCCGCGCUUUCCGCACGUGUAGUGAAUGACAGAUUGGUCUGCUCAAUAAGUAUAUAACGGCAUUGAUAUAAUCGGUACAGUAUUACGUGGAAUGUACACGUAACGACGAUGAUACGUUAAUAUUGAUUUCUUAUUGUACGCCUAUUAAUGAUUUAAUAGGAUGCCUAUUAUUAAUUUAUUGUAUGUCUGUCUGCGAGAUAAUUUCUUGUUCGCGAGUUGUAUGUUUGUUGUUGACGCUAAUAAUAAUUGGCCGCAUAUCGCACGCGCAUUCAACGUGUCAUCACCACAACACAAAGUGUAUAUGAGGCGUAUAUGUACAUACUUUAGAGUCGUGAUGACAUUUUUUUCUUUCUAGAAUUGUACAGGACAGUUUCAUGCAAUACAUUGCACUUAAAAUAAUUGUAUCAUUCAUAUUUUAUUUUUGUUAAGAAUUUCAAAUUUUAACCAGGCUGUGGUUAAAAUCAUAUCUGUGUAAUUGAAAAGAAGAUAUUUACCAUUUCAAAGAUAUCUGGGAUGUUUCUUAAAUUGUUAAGAAAUUAACGAAAUGUACAUGUAAACAGUUUUUGAAUCUUGAAUUAUCAAAACCGCAAUUAAAUUUUAAUUUAUUUAUCACAUCAAAAUAGUGAAAAUUAUAAAGCGAUUAGAAUUAAAGACGAUGGCCAUGUAUCAUGUAUAUUUUCGCUUAGGAAAAUUUGGCUUUGAUCUUCGCAAAGAAUAUGCGAAGCUCGCUACACGAAUACUCCAGAUUUAACGUUUGUUUGAAAUUCUCAAAGUAUCAGAUACGCGAUGCUUGAGAAAAAUCAAUUUGAAAUGUCAGAGAUUCAAACCUCGUGUUCGAAGGCCUAUAUUUAUACAAGUAUAUUCUAAAAUUUUUUUAAAAAAUGUCUUUUUUACAGAGUAUAGAAGACGAUGUACAUUAUUCUUAAAAAUUUUCUCAAAAUUCACCAAUCGAUUUUUUAAUGAUAAAAUUUACCAUAAAUACAAUCAUAACUAGAUUAUUACAAAAAUGUAGAGUGAACUUAUAAUUAUGAUAUUUAAUCGUCAUUUUCGAUCAAAAUCAACAGUGUCCAGAUUUAAACUCGAAGCUCUCUUUCGAUUUCUCGUUCGUGAUGAUGACACUCUGUCUUCUGUUCUCUCCCUUGCAUCUGCACCGAUCCUACUUUCCAGGUAGACGGAAAUUUUGUAUAUUUUUCUGAUAUGUGAGAUGUGUGUGAGAGAAAGAAGCGCGCGUGACAAAGAUAGAUACGGCGAAAGUGUGUGACUAUUUUAUGAGAUUAAUCAGAAGAAAAGAGAAAAUACAAAGUCUACUCUAUAUCA